AUGAAGCUUACUGCCGCUACUGCUAUCUUCUCCCUCUUCGCUGCCGCCAGCGCUAACGGGCCCUCCUCCAACGAUAUCACCGUCAAGGAGGCCAGCUCCAAGUGUGGUGACAAGGCUCAGCUCUCUUGCUGUAACGAUGUCGACUACGUUGGUGACACCACGACCAUCCAGAAGGGUGUUGCCUCUGGCCUCCUCAGCGGUCUUCUUGGCCAGGGCUCUGGCGCCCAGGGCAUUGGUGCCUUCACGGGCUGCUCCAAGAUCGAUGUUGCCGCUUUGAUCGGUGUCCAGGACAUCCUCAACAAGGAGUGCCAGCAGAACAUUGCUUGCUGCGACACCAGCGGUGCUGAGGCCAACGGCGACCUUAUUGGCGCUGCCCUUCCCUGUGUUGCUCUUGGCUCCGUUGCUUAGAUUCUCUUUGGGAAACCGGGGAU